AUGGGCUCCAUCAGGUCGUCCGCCUCGCAGACGGCCGCAGCGUCGAGCGGUGAUGGCCUGCAACCAUCUAAGUCCCAGGAGAAGGGGAUCCUGAACAAUUCCACUUCCAACUCCAACCCCAUCUUGCCGACCAUGCACCAGCAUCAUUCGACCCGCUAUGUGCUGGGGCUUUUCCGCGUGAACAGUGCCGGCGAGAGUGGGCGGACGGGCGUCCACCCGCUCCACUUCCUCAAGGUGUGCUUCAAGAGCAUCUGCACAGCGUCGAUGAUCGUGAAUAUCCUGUGGCCGUUUGUCCCAGCUGCAAUUGUCAUACAUUUCGCCCGCCCGGACCUGCACGUGUGGAUUUUCGCGCUCAACUACAUUGCCAUGGUGCCCUCGGCGAACCUGCUCGGCUUUGCGGGUGGAGAGUUGGCGAAGAAGCUGCCCAAGGUACUGGGAGUCUUGGUGGAGACGGCUCUGAGUGCGGUGGUGGAAAUUGUGCUCUUCAUGGUCCUGCUGCAUAAUGACCAUGGAGGGCACCUGAUCCCCGUCAUUCAAGCCGCCAUUCUCGGCUCGAUUUUGGCGAACCUGCUCCUGUGUUUGGGUACGUGUUUCUUUGUCGGCGGCCUGCGACGGUCCGAGCAGGUAUUCCAUGAGGCAGUCAGCGAAGUUGGAACGGGAUUGUUGCUGGUCGCUGGCUUUGGUCUGCUGAUUCCGAGCGCGUUCUACUCUGCCUUGAAGGGAUCUGUCAAUGAAGAGUUCACAUUGGCCAUGUUGGACGAGUAUGCGCUGAAGAUCAGCCGGGCGACGGCCGUUAUCCUCUUGGUCGCCUUCUUGACAUACCUGAUCUUCAACCUCCACAGCCACAACUCCAUCUUCGAUGAGAUUUUGGAAAAGGACGAGGCACAGGAUGAGGACCGGCACGAAGAGCUACGACGAGCAAAGCUCACCUUUGUAGAGUGUCUGGUGGCCAUUGUCAUCUCAUUAGCCUGCGUCUGUAUGUCCGCCGUUUUUCUCGUGCAAGAAAUCGAGUACAUCGUGGACCUCGGCGUCUCCGACAACUUCAUGGGCCUGAUCCUCGUUCCUCUCGUCGAGAAGGCUGCAGAGCACUUGACCGCGGUGGACGAGGCGUGGGACAACCAGAUCAAUUUUGCACUCUUCCACUGCCUGGGUCCUUCCAUCCAGACUGCUCUGCUCAACGCCCCGCUGGCCGUGCUCGUGGGCUGGGGCCUGGAUAAGGAGAUGAGUCUCAACUUUGAGAUUUUCAUGGUCGUUCUGCUGGUGCUGUCCAUCUUGGUCGUUGGAAACUUCUUGCGUGAUGGCAAGUCGAAUUACUUAGAGGGCACUUUGUGUGUCCUCGUCUACUUCAUUAUCGCCGUCACCUCUUGGUACUACCCUAAAGUCGACGUGGCUUCGACUAACCAGGCCUGA